GUCACCACCGACUCCGGUGAGCCCUUCCUCGCCGCCGGCCGGCGAUCUCCGAAUCAGAACGCGAGUAAACACCCAAUCCUCCGACCUCGUGGACUUCUCACGAGUUGCACUCCGGCCCCAGGUGCUCGUGAUGGCCGCCGCCGCGGAGAGUGGAACCGGGGAGCCGGCGGCCAACGGGGACAAGCCCGAGGAGGAGCCGCAGCAGUUCGACCCCAGCCGGAUGAUUGGCGUCAUCAAAAGGAAGGCGUUGAUCAAAGAGCUAGCUGCUGCUUACCAUGCUGAGUGUGUAGCAAGCUGUAAAGAGCUACUGCAACUCCAGAAAAAGUGGGAGGAGGAGCAACAUGCCGAGGCCAAGAUGCCUGAAGAACUAAAGAUAUCGUCGGCGAAGCCUUCUAAGCGCAGGAAGAGGUAGAUUUAGAGGAUGGAGGGAGAGGAAAAUAUUGCGAGUAGAAUGCCUGCUGCAUCGUAUUGCUGAAUCUUAGCUUAGUCGACAGUAACGUGUGUGAGCAAACACUACACUGUUGAGUGUGCUACCCGUGACAUGUGUAUACGACGGUCUAUUUACUUUCUUUAGCAAAAGCUACUAGUAAGAGUUUUACACAUUGGGCUCACGAGCCGCGUGUAUCACGACUUUUUUUCAUUGAUCGCAAGAGUUACUGAAGCUCUGCAAGACAACGAUUGAACUCUUGUGCUCCUUCCAUUUGAGAAACGUGUGCUCUUUCCAGUUUCUAA